UCUUCUGUCAACUGUCAGAUUAUACACCUAAUCAUUCAGAGAAGUGAAAAAAAAAAAUUAUUUUAUCCAGCCCCAGCGGCUGGAUUGAGCAACUAGCGAUUACCGUUUACCACAUAGGCGGUUUUAAACGCAGGAAGCUGCUGGAUGCGCAAGCAAUGAAAGAUGAGAUGCCGUUGUGAUGAGUGUUUUAUCAAAUCAGACCAGAACACAUAAAAAUUACAAGGACUCUUGUUUGGAACUACCUUAGCAGUCACUUGAAUUUAAGCAUUCGCGAAGAUGACAAGCACACAAGAUAUUUACAAAAAACAGAAAACGUGCAUGCAAGUUGCUACAAAUGUCACUGAACAAAAACAUCAUGUAUCUAGAGCAAAACGAGGGCAAAUUCUUGGACAUCUAAGAGGAUUUAGAGGAUGCACAGUGUGGUUUACUGGACUGUCUGGUGCAGGAAAAACUUCCAUUGCAUUUGAAUUAGAGGCCUAUUUGGUAUCACAUGGUAUACCAGCAUAUGGCCUAGAUGGAGACAAUUUGCGAACAGGUCUGAACAAAGAUCUAGGAUUCUCUAAGCAAGAUCGAGAAGAAAAUAUUCGAAGAGUGGCUGAAGUAGCGAAAUUAUUUGCUGAUGCAGGUCAAAUCUGCUUAUGCAGUUUCAUCUCUCCCAAUGCUGAAGAUAGGGAAGUAGCAAGACGCAUCCACAGAGAGAGUGAUCUCAUGUUUUUUGAAGUAUUUGUGGAUACUCCAUUGGAAGUUUGUGAACAUAGAGACACAAAAGGGUUGUAUCAGAAAGCUCGGAAUGGAGUUAUUAAAGGAUUUACUGGUAUUGACCAACCUUAUGAGAUUCCAGAACAUCCGGAGUUGGUAGUGAAAACUAUUGAUUUCACUGUUGAAGAGUCAACUAUGCAGGUGGUGGAAAUGUUACGAGAAAAUGGGGUGAUACCCUUUGUUCAGGAAGAUAAAGAUUGUGUUCCAGAGCUUUUUGUGCCUAAACAUAUGCUUGCCAGUGCUAGAGAGGAAUCACUUUCAUUACCAAAGUUGCAGCUUACUGUUCUAGACUUACAGUGGUUGCAGAUUCUCAGUGAGGGAUGGGCUUAUCCCCUGAAGGGCUUCAUGCGGGAAGAUCAGUUUCUCCAAACUUUACACUUCAACUGCCUCCAAACAGAAGGAGAUGCUGUAAGUCAGAGUAUUCCGAUUGUCCUUCCCAUCACUACUGUACAAAUGGAACAGGUGCGAGAUGCCUCCGCUAUAUCUCUUUAUUACAAUGAUAGUUGCUAUGCAAUUCUCCGAAAACCUGAGUUCUACUUCCAUAGGAAGGAGGAAAGGGUAGCAAGACAGUUUGGAACUACCAACAAAGAUCACCCUCACAUCAAGAUGAUUUAUGAAUCAGGAGACUGGCUAGUAGGUGGUGAACUUGAGGUAUUGCAGAGAGUGUUUUGGAAUGAUGGUCUAGACAGUUACAGACUAACACCUAAUGAAUUGAAAGAAAAGUUCAAAAAUAUAGGAGCUGACGCUGUGUUUGCCUUUCAACUCAGAAAUCCAAUACACAAUGGACAUGCACUCUUGAUGACUGAUACGAAGAGGCAAUUGCAAGAGAGGGGAUAUAAGAAACCUGUAUUGCUUCUUCACCCAUUAGGUGGCUGGAUCAAAGAUGAUGAUGUUCCUUUACCUAUAAGAAUUCUGCAACAUCAAGCUGUCCUAGAUGAAGGUCUGCUUGAUCGUUCCUCCACUGUUCUUGCUAUAUUUCCCAGUCCGAUGAUGUAUGCAGGCCCCACUGAAGUUCAGUGGCAUGCCAAGGCUAGAAUGAAUGCUGGCGCUAACUUCUACAUAGUUGGAAGAGACCCAGCGGGGAUCGCUCAUCCUUCUGGCAAGGAAGCUACGCCAGAUGGUAACUUGUACGACCCUGUUCAUGGGGGUAGAGUAUUAAAAAUGGCACCAGGGCUGAAAUCUUUGGAAAUAAUCCCAUUCAGGGUUGCUGCUUACGACAAGAGAAAUAAUAAAAUGGAUUUUUUUGACCCAACUAGAAAAGAUGAUUUCGAAUUUAUAUCUGGAACAAAAAUGAGGACACUUGCUAGGAAUGGAGAUAAUCCACCACGUGGAUUCAUGGCACCGAAAGCUUGGGAGAUUCUCGCCGGUUAUUACCAAGGGCUAAGCAAAAGUUAAUAUAUGUAAAUUUUCCAUAGGAUUUGAAAAGUUAUCUUUUAUCAGUAUUGUGUCUCGUUUAUUAUUCUUCCAUUUUCGUGUACUUUAAUUUGUGUAUGUUCCAAUAUGUUCCAGAUGAAUAUGGGAAAUAAAAUUCAACUAGUCCAA